AUGACCCGCGCUCGAUGGACGCCACGAUGCACCCAACGCGUCGUCGUCCUCUGCACCAUCGCCGUCGUCCUCGCGCGCGUCGUGCGCGCGUCACGCGAUGCGUUCAGCGCGCACGCCUACCUUCCUGAUUAUCGCCCCAUCGACGCCGCCGACGGGGCGUGCGCGUCACCGCACGCGCGCGUGAUCGCGUUCAGCGUCUAUCCCAACGCCAGCGGCGACGGGUUGGAGAACGGUGCGUCGGUGGCGAAGAAGACGUCGACGUGCGCGAUGGAUUUGGCCGUGGGCGGCGGCGGACGCAGCGCCGGCUUCGUCGGAGCGGCGCGCGCGGGAUCGAUUGGCAUCGAUCGAUUGGCGGCGGUGGUCGUGCGAACGGUGAUCGAGGGUGAUUACGACGGUGUGUCGUACGAUUGGGAGUACCCGGUCUCGGACGAGGAUUGGCGGGCGUAUCGCGAGCUGUUACUCGCCACCAGAGUCGCGCUCGACGCGAGCGAUACCGAUGGGCGUCGUCGUCGAUUGAGCAUCGCGAUCCAUCCCUCGAUCGGGACGUUCGACGCUCUGAAGACGUUUAGGUUGGACCAGGUCACCGACUGGAUUCACGUCAUGGCGUACGAUUCGAGGUCGCCGACAGGGCACGCGAGUUUGGACUUCGUGAGAGAGGUGAUUGAACACACCAAGGCGCACAGCGACGUCUCCAAGCUCACGCUUGGAAUUCCUUUCUACGCGCGUUCGCUCGAUAAUUUAGGCGACGUGAAAACGUACGAAGAGAUUCGCCGAGACGCAUCGGGAGCGUUCGACGAGAAGGAAAAUAGAGUCGGCGCGUUUGCGUUUGACUCGGUGAACGACGUGCGAGAAAAAGUGCGAUUAGCGAGCGCCGCGGGGUACGCGGGUGUGAUGAUUUGGGAGCUUGGACAGGAUGUUCAGCCGAGCACGAGGGAGGACUCGUUAUUCGGCGCGAUCGCGAGCGAAGUGGCGAAGCUUCAUGUGGUCUCGCGCGACGAACUCUAG